AUGGCUCUCGGCCGGUUAAGCACAGUGGCCGAUAAUAAGCUUGGGACUACAAUGACGGAAUACACUUGGGCAGACCGCCCCGAGCUGCGCAAUGCUAUGGAGUCAUUGUUUAUUGGGGACCUUGGACUGGACAACGAGAAUGGUCAUUCCCGUCUUAGCGACGACCCGACUGGAUGCUGGUUGCGUUAUCUGCACCGCUGA